UGAACUCUAACUCUGAUUAGUAAUCAUCUUCUCUAAAUUCUUAGUCAUUUCCUUUUCAAAGUAUUAUUAAUAGGAAAUUCUGGAGUCGGCAAAUCAUGUAUGCUUAUGCGAUAUUCUGUAUUUCAUUAUUAUUAUUAAUUCUUUUAAGGAGAAUCAAUUCACAAAUAAUUUCUAUAAUACAAUUGGAGUCGAUUUUAAAACUAAAACUGUUACUAUUGGUGAACAUAAUGUUAAAUUACAGAUUGUUAUAUACAUAAUCUUAUUACUUAGUGGGACACUGCAGGUUAAGAUAGAUUUAGAACUAUAACUUGUAGUUAUUAUAGAGGUGCUCAAGGUAUUAUUAUCGUUUAUGAUAUUACUGACAGAGAGUCUUUCGAAAAUGUCAAAACUUGGAUAGCUGAAAUUGAUAAGUAUUCUAUAUAACAAUUAACAGGUAUGCAUCUGAAUCAGUAAACAGAAUGUUAGUUGGAAAUAAGGCUGAUAUAACAGAAAGAAGAGAAGUUUCAUAUGAAGAGGGUUUAGAACUUUGUAAUUUCUAUUUCUAUUCUUUAGCUAGAUAAUAUCAAUUCCCUUUCUAUGAAACAAGUGCCAAAUCAUCUAUCAAUGUUGAAGCAGCAUUCACUCAUAUUACUAAAAAUAUCUUGAAUCGUGAAAUUCAUAAUUCUAAAGCUGUAGUUAGGAAAACAUCAAAUAUGAGAUUAUAAACUCGAUAAUAACAAUAAUAAUAAGAGAAAAAGAAGCAAGAAGAUUUAUGUUGUUGA